CUUCCAUGGAUAAAAUUUUUAAGAUAUGGAAUGCUGUAGAUACAGGCUGUUGUUUAAAAACGUACUCCUGUCACAGUUGUGCUGUUCGAACUGCUCAGUGGUCUUUGUGUGGAAGAAGAAUUCUCAGUGGAGGCUUUGAUUCUAUGCUUCAUUUAACAGACGUUGAAACAGGGACACAGGUAUUUAGCAGCAAAAAUGAAUUUAGGAUCAGCACACUGAAGUUUCACCUUUCUGAGCCUAAUAUUUUUAUUUGUGGAGGAUUCAGCCCAGAAGUUAAAGCCUGGGAUAUAAGGAAUUGUAAGGUGAUAAAAGUCUACAAAGCAGCAGUACAACAGACCUUGGAUGUCCUCUUCCUUCCUGAAGGAAAAGAAUUUCUUACAAGCACGGAUGCAGUAAGCCGGGACUCAGCUGACCGUACGAUCAUUGCAUGGGAUUUCCACAGUGCUGCAAAAAUUUCCAAUCAGAUUUUUCAUGAGCGUUAUACCUGUCCGAGUCUGACUCUGCACCCUAGAGAACCUGCAUUUGUUGCUCAAACAAAUGGAAACUACAUGGCAUUGUUUUCUACCCAACGACCAUACAGAAUCAACAAAAAGAAAAGAUAUGAAGGGCAUAAGGUGGAAGGAUUUGCAGUGGGCUGUGAAUUUUCUCCAGAUGGAACACUUCUAGUGACAGGAAGUUCAGAGGGCAAAAUAUUUUUCUAUAACUAUCACACUGCUAGAAUCAUUCACACUUUGUCUGCACAUAACCAGGCUUGUGUGAGUGCAACUUUUCAUCCAGUCCUUCCGUCACUUCUUGCAACGUGUGACUGGGCUGGAGAUAUCAAGAUCUGGCAAUAAGAAGACAGGGUUCCCUUUCAGAGUGAAUCCAGCUAGUCCACAUUGAAGACACGGGUGCUGGUGUUUCAUCAUAAAUAAACCAGUGUAUGUAAUUUGAAUUUUUCUUAUGAAUAUGAGGGAGUCUGUUGUCAUUUUGUAUAUUCCAUCCAAGCCUUCUAAGAGUAGGAUUUUCAAUCCUUCCGUCUGGAAGUCAAUGAGAGUCAGGCUAACACUGAGCGUUUUUGAAAAUAUCAUCUAAGCUUUAAGCUUAAAUUUGUUUUUUAUCAUUUGAUGCCUAAUGGGGGUAAAAAGGAGGCAUAGUGGUAAAUAUUAAAUUAUACCAAAAUUAAAAAAAGAAUAUUUCCACAUGACUGCAGGUCUCUGCAUGUCCAACUCCUUGCUGCUCUGAGUCCGCUUAACACUGGGGUCAGUGUUAUAAUAAUAUUUUACAUUUAUAACAUCAUUUUUCAAUCCAAAAGAUCUCUACUUCCAUGCAGUUCAGGAUCACCAUGUGGAAGUCUUCUUCUGAAGUGCAAAGGAAAAGGAUCUCCUUUUCUACCGACCUCUGUUAAAUACAUAUCACCAGUUAUAUGGUGGUUCUUCUUCUUCUUCAACUGGUGUUAAUUGUCAUAGUAUCAUUGAAGCCAAUAGAGCUAUUACAAUUUAGACCAGCUAAAGAUCUCCCCCAAAUAUUUUUACAUAGUCCUGUGUGUGUAUAAGAGAGAGAGAGAAAAUUAAUCUUGUGCCUUUUAGUAUCAACCUUAACUCUGACUCACAAGAUAUACUGACUCUUUAAACAUAUACAUAGAUUAUUUAGAAGUUGUCUUUAUAUUUUGAUGAUUAUGUUGAAAAGAUAAAUAUGUCUUGUAUGUUGGAAUUAAGACUGCUACUAGAAUGUGAGAGAUGAAUUUUCACAUAUCAAUAUUGUGGUUAAUUGAUUUUAAUGAACUGCAGUGUUACAGAAUAUAUAUGUCCAUUUUAACUGAAUAUUUCCAGAUUUUUUUAACUAGUCUUUUUUAUGACAAUGCUGUAGUUUGCAGAUGUGUUAUUCUGUGAUCUAACUCUAAAUUAAGGAAGCAUUUUGUUUGAGAAUAUCAACUAGAAAAGAAGAGAGCAUGUACCACAGAAAUGAAAGGGGGGAAUCCCUUUUCUGAUGAGACAAAGACCUGAAUUUCAAACAUGUGGGGGUUAGAAUUGUAGGGUAGUUAAGCCACAUAACCACAUUUUGCUAUUGCCUAACUA